CAGCCGUAGAAGCUGAUAAGAGCAUUUCCUCUCAGGCUGUCGGUUCCGAUCAGCAGCGGGGGCACGAUGGACUUACGCCAGUUCAUUUGGUCGAUUGUCCUGGCAAGUCUGAGAAUUUCCCGAGGUCAAAGUUUAGGAUGCCAUCAUGGCCAGUGGCAGUGUGAUGAUGGAAAAUGUAUCCCUGAUGUCUGGAGAUGUGACGGAGAUGGAGACUGUCUUGAUGGAUCUGAUGAAAUGGAUUGCACUGCACUUCCAGGCUCUCAUGAAUGUCCGCCGGGUCAGUUUUCUUGUGUUGACUCUGUCGGCUGUGUUGAUGCGUCAGCCCGCUGUGAUGGCCAAAUCCAGUGUCCAACCGGCUCUGAUGAGGAGAACUGUGCAGCUACAGAGGGCUGUUUGGUUUCUGACUGGACCUGUCAAAACCACAUCUGUAUCCCCAAAGAGCUGCGCUGCAAUGGACUGAAUGACUGCCUGGACAACUCUGAUGAAGACGAUUGUGGUUUAUGUGGUGAGAACGGCAUACGGUGUCCUGAGGGGACGUGUCUGAGUGCUGACGCGAGGUGUGAUGGAAUGAUUCAUUGCUCUGAUGGUAGUGAUGAACCCAUAACCUGCGGUCGUCUUUGCUCCAUAAACAAUGGCGGCUGUAGCCAUCUGUGUGACGAUGAAUCCUGGGGAACUCUGUGUGCCUGUCCUGAUGGCCAUAAGCUCUCUCCCAAUGGAGCGGUCUGCGAAGAUUUGGAUGAAUGUGCACCACCCUUCGGCCCUUGUAUGCAUUACUGCACUAACACUGUCGGAUCCUACUAUUGCCACUGCAGAGAAGGCUUCAAACUGAGUGGAGGCUCCACAUGUCUAGCUACAGGUAAUGCUACCAGAUUACUAACUGUGCUGAGGGGCUCUAUCGGCCUGUUGACUGUGAAGUCUCAACAGUUUGAAGUUAUCCACACUCCAGUGUCUGACCCAGUGGCCUUGACUUUUGACGUUGCCCGAGGCUGGUUCUUCUGGGCUGACAACCAUGGCAGCAUUUACAAAAGUGAUGGAGAGCACGGCUGGACAAUCUAUAUUGGGGAGCCUGGAAUCAAGGGUCUAGCCUAUGAUUGGCUGAAUGGAAACCUGUUCUGGACCAAUCAGAAGACGGAGUCAAUCUACAUGCAAGCAGCUGAUGAGACAAGUCACACCACUCUGCUGAGAAAAAACAUCAGUCCAUUAGAGUUGGUGCUUUUACCUGUAGAGAGCAUGAUGUUCUGGAUCAAUGCCGGCCACGGUGACAGAGUGACGAUAGAGAAGUCCUGGAUGGAUGGAUCAGAGAGAAGCACUCUGACUGUUCUCACGGCUCAGUCUCCCCACAGCCUCACUGCUGAUGUGGCUGCCAGGAGGCUUUACUGGAUCAGCGGCUUCAAGAAGUCUAUAGAGACCGCGAAGGUGGACGGGACUGGACGGCAUUCCUUCACAGGACUGUUCAACAGGGGACUGCCUCGCAGCCUUGCUGUGUUUGAAAAUUUGUUCUACUGGGUGGAUGACAAAGCACUGUGGCAGGUUCCACAGAACCAACCAAACCCGAAGCAAUUUAUCUUAAAAGCCACACUGCCAACAUUAGCUGUUUACCAUGAGCUACAGCAGCCACAAGGUUCUUCUGCAUGUGUAAAGACUCCAUGUCAACUGUGCCAGCUAACUAAAGGCAACCCUGUCGGCUUCACCUGUGCUUGUCCAAACUCCAAAGUGAUGUUGCUUGAUGGGAAAUGUGAAUAUCCCAGGUUUAUAUAUGCUACUGUCACCAACCUCAACCUUCUGGAGUUAAGAGACAAAGAGUCCACUAAAACCCAGCUGUUUACCACUGACGACGGCAUCCUGUCAUUUGAUCUGGACUGGUACAGAGACUGGCUAUACUGGGCUAACCAGACUGGCCACAUAAAGCGAACCAGUCUUAACCAAGUCAAGACUGAGUUGGUACCAACACCUUUGCCAGUUUGUCUGAUAAAAGUAGACCAGAGGAGUGGGAACCUUUAUUGGGUCUCAUGUGACCAAAACAGCAUCGGCACCACAACGGCCAACAACUGGUACUCCCGUCAGCUGUACCAAUCAACAAAGGAAAUUCAAUUCCUGUAUCUGGACUGGCUGAGGGGUAGCAUCCUCUGGCUGGAGGAAGACAGAUUUCUCACCAUGAGCAUGAUGGGAAGCAAAGCCAAAGAGCUGCUGCACUUAGCAGGAGGAGUUAGGGGAAACAUCGUUUUCGACCUCCGGGCAAAUAGUCUGCUCUGGAACUCGGAAAGGACAGGUUUGACAACAUUGAGUUUGCUGCUGGAAAGAAGCCACGUAGCUGGCAGACGAUGGAACAUUUCGGGCUCAGUCGUUGCUGCCUUUGAGCCCUUUCUUUUGUCCCUCUCUGAUGAUGUCAUGACGCUUUGGGACCGGCGUGACGGGAGCCCCAUCCAGGACAUGACUGUGACAGGUCAUGUGUUCAGUGUAAUCGCAGCACUCAAGGAUGUCCGCACAGUGCCCAACACUCCGGUCUGCAGUGAACCCUCUGUGCUGUGCCGACGCACAUCAAUCUGCCUCUCACGUACCCAGCUAUGUGAUGGUAAAAGGGACUGCCCUGAUGGCGAUGACGAGGAUUUUUGUGUAACCACAUGUCCAUCUAAAGAGGAUUUCAAGUGCAAGGACCGUAGGAGUUGUAUCUCCAGGGAUCUCGUUUGUGACGGCCAUUCUCAUUGCAAGGAUGGCUCAGAUGAGGUUGACUGUUUGAGCAUAGCUUCACCUGCUGCCCGAACAAACGUCCUGAAGUGUCGCAUGGGUUCAAAACCUUGUAAAGAUGGUUCAGAGUGUGUUUUAUACAGCCAUGUGUGUGAUGGGGAAGAAGACUGUCGGGAUGGAUCAGAUGAACAGGGAUGUGAGUCGCUUACCAAACCAUCCUGCACCAGUCCUUCAUUUCAGUGUCCAGGUUCUUCUUUAUGCAUCAACCCAACACGGCUUUGUGAUGGAAAGAGAGACUGCCCCGAUGGAACUGAUGAGAACUGUGUGAAACGUUGCCCUUACAAAAGUAAGAAGGCUGAUUAA